AUGUCACAACAUCAUGAUACACAUGCUUCUAAAAAUACUAAGUCUACUUCAAAGGUUGGUGCUCCUCCCAUGGGUGUCCCUGAUGAUGAGAUUCUGGAUGUUGCUCAUCUCUCUGUUAUUCCCGGCACGGACAUUGAUUUGAACCAACCCAUCUCCAUUGAUGCCUCCGCUUCUGCAUGUUCCAAUCAAGGUAAUCCCUCUAGUAUUCCCUCUGGUUCAACUCCUGUCACUAACUCUAAGGAAGGAACACACUAUACUGAUCGUGUUAUAAGAGACCUAGUCACUAGAAUUCUUAAUGAAGGCCACUUUGUGAAGCAAGUUUUCACUCCCCUUUCUCAAAUGUACCCCUCUCAUGAGGUUGAACAACAUAGUGGUAAGGAUGACGAUUCCUUCAGCUCUGAAAAGGACUUGGUUGCUGAAGGGUUGCACUCUCUAGGGAAGACCAUGUCUGAAAAAGGGAAAUCUAUGGCUUCUCACACUGCUAAUGCUUCCCACUUUGAGAAGCACGAUGAUGCAAAUGUUGUGAUUGAUCUAGAGGAUAGUAGCUCUGAUGAUCAAGAGGAAAGCUUGAUUCAUCACAUGAAGCCAAGUGUGGCUAAACGCAUGAAGACUCGCAAAGGAAAAUUUGUGGCUGAACUUAUGUCAUCUAGAAAAGCCAAGAAGACUGUUGGUAUUGGUCCCUCCAAACCAUGGAGCAAGGUUGAAGUAAAGAAGAGGAAGGCCAAAGAUGAUUCUGAGCCUGAAAAGGAUGUUGAGGAAGAUGUCCCUGACAUCUCGCCUGCAAAGAAAACUACUGUUAGGAAGUCUCCUGUUAAAGUUCAUGUUGUUCAUUUGGAUAACAUCUCCUUCCAUCUUGAGGAUGGAGCUGCUAAGUGGAAAUUUGUGAUUCAAAGAAGGGUAGCUGUGGAAAGGGAGUUGGGAAAAGAUGCUCUUGAUGUCAAGGAGGUCAUGGAACUGAUAAAAGUUGUUGGGUUGUUGAAGACUGUUGUUGGGUUCUCUCAAUGCUAUGAAGGUUUAGUUAAGGAAUUUAUUGUUAACAUUCCUAAGGAUAUUUCUGAUAAGAACAACAAGGAGUUCUGCAAGGUGCAGAAAAAUGAGGGUGCAGGAGAAUUAGAAGUUACAAACAAUCAGGUCUGUAGGGAGAUUACAGCUAGGCAGGUGAAAGUUUGGCCUGUUAAAAAGCAUCUUCCUACUGGGAAAUUGACUGUCAAGUAUACUAUCCUACAUAAAAUAGGAGCUGCCAACUGGGUCCCUACCAACCAUAUCUCCACCAUUGCUAAUAUUCUUGGGAGGUUUAUUUUUGCUGUUGGGACAAAAGUGAAAUUUGACUAUGGUAGAUUUAUGUUUGAUCAAAUCAUCAAGCAUGCAACUACUAAUCCAGUUAAGUUGCCAAUUGAUUUUCCCUCUAUGAUCUGUGGAAUUACCUUGAAUCAAUAUCCUGGUAUUUUGUGCUCAAAUGAUUUACCUAGUAGAAGAAAACUAGCUUCGCCUGUGCACUACAAACUAUUUGAAGGCAGUCAUGUCGAGGAUAUUGUCAUGACAUCUGCCAUGAAAAGGCCAGCCUCAAAAGUUGGAGAAAUUGCUGAGCUUAAGGAGACAUGCAAAGAGCUAGAUGAAGGAAUAAGGGUAGCCACAACUAGAAAACAAUCUUUGGAAGCUUUGAUUGCAAGCUUGGAGCAGGCUAAGAAUGAAAAUGUUGAAUAUGCUAAUGUCAUCCAUGAAGAAGAAGCUGAAGCCCACACCUCUAGUGAGAGGUCUGCUAACAAUGAUGAUGCUAGUGGCAAUUCUGCUUCUGGUGCUGAUGAAGAGGCUGCAAACUCAAGCUCUACUGAGUAG